AAUUCUAUACAAUAUAACACUAAUCGAAAAUGGUGGGUUUAAAUAAAUUAUGAGAAAAGAGUAGCUUCAGUAGUAAUAAAUGUUUAAUUGUAAUAAAUACAUAACAUUUAAUGUGGAGCCGGAUUUCGGAAUAAACUGUCGACAUCGAAAAAUCAUUUUCGAAGAUAUAAAUGUCAAAUGUUCCAAUACAUUUUUCUUGCAGUUUUUUCGUCGAGGUGACAAAUAACGAAUAAAUCAGCCUACAAAUAUGUUGGUGCAACACAUUUUGAAACAAGGCCUCUUGGUUAAAAACGCCGGAGCUCUGUCGCGCGCAGCAUACCAUGGUGGUCACCAUCAACAUAGUACAUUGAAUGAUCUGCCCGUGCCAGCUGGUGAUUGGCAGGAACACUACUCACGCCAGAACACCAAGUACAAUGCGUGGUUACUCGGUGGACUUCUUUUCUUAGCGGGCACUAUUGGUUUCGUGAAGACAUCAGGAGUUAUCGAGUUCAAUAGCAAAGCACCAGAGUCGCUUGACUAGACAAUUGGAUAUCCUUAAUUCCAUAUAGUAUGUGGGUUAUUAUAGGUGUGCAUUAAAAUAAGUCUAAAGUAACCGACGAGGAGUUGCUUAAGUGAAAAUCAUUAUGUUGAGAAAAAAAUAAAAAUCAAUGUGAAAUUUAAAAAAAAAAA